AUGUUCGAAUUGUUCCCCGUGUACCUGGCGCUGUACGCGUACAUAUUUUACCUGUCGAUAUGUGUGCUGUGGAAUAUACGAAAAGGCGUGUGGACGCCUGGCAAGUCGUCGAGCGCAGCGGCGGCGGCGGCCUCGCCGUCGCCCGCCCCGGACUCUGAGCCGGAGAAGCUCCAGUCGCAGCCGCCGCUGGGGCAGGGGCAGGAUGCGGCCCCGCCGCCCGUGUGGAGCCCGCGCAGCGCCAGCGCCAGCCCCACCGCCGAGCGCAAGGAGUUCCGCCCCGUGAAGUUCGAGUCGCCCACGCUCUCGCGCAAGAACCGCGCCAGCCCCGCCGCACGGCCCACCGAGGGAGAUCCCAGUGUGCGUACCAAAUACGAGUCAUGCCAACCAGUUUAUAAAACCGAACCUGAACUUGCAACAACAACUCCAAAACAAUAA